AUGGCAAACCAUCAAAGAAAUGACCAUUUUGGAGUCAGAAGUACUCCUCAGUCUGGGAGGGUUUCUGACUUGGAGCAGCAGGUGUGGAUCUUUCGUGGUCAGGGCCUUGUGGUGGUUCCAUGGAGUAGCAACAUAGCCCCAGUCACCAUCACGGUCCUCCCAUGCAAGUAUCCAGAGUCUCUGGAGCAAGGCAAGGGGAUUCCCAUUUACAUGGGAAUCCAGAAUCCAGACAAAUGCCUGUUUUGUGAAGAAGUUGAUGGACAGCCCACUUUGCAGCUCAAGGAGGAGGAGAUUUUGGAUUUGUACAACCAUCCUGAGCCCAAGAAGCCUUUCCUGUUUUACCAUACCCAGACGGGCAGAACGUCCACCUUUGAGUCAGUGGCUUUCCCUGGCAGCUUCAUCGCAUCCUCCAAGAGUGGCGAGCCCAUCUUCCUCACGUCAGAACAGGGGAAAUACUACAACAUUAACUUCAAUUUAGAUAUAGGGCCUUGA